AUGACUCUGGUUCUGGGCAACCUGUCCGUGAGCACAGAUCAAGGGCUGCGAGGUCGUGGGCUUGAGGAGCUUGGAGUCCGUGAACAUGGGGAGGAAAAGGGGGGAAAAAAGAACAAGAAAGAGAACAGCUGCAGUUCCAAAGACAGCGUAUUUUUUUAUAUCCUCACUAUAGAGGUUGUUGUUAAAAUAUUCUGGUCUAGCAGUCUAAUUUUGAGAAUACCCAAGGGUACAACUGCUGAAGUGUCUGCUAUUUUAACUAUGGAUGAUGCUAAAGGACAUAUGAAGAAGAGGGAUAGAACGUUGCAAGCUGCAAGACUGAACACUUCUCUAGCAUCUAAAAUAAAAGCUAAAUUAAUAAAUAACUCAUCUAUUUCUAAAGUGUCUUUAAAACAAAAUAAUAAAGCAUUAGCUCUGGCUUUGAGUGUAGAAAAAGAAAAGUCUCGGAAGCUAAAGAAUGAGAAGAUUUUUCUUCAGAAAGAAGCAGAAGAGCUGCAGUUUCAUAAUAUCUUGCUUCGUCGAAAACUAAACUGUUUGAAUAAAACUCUUACAGAAAUAGAAGCUUUUUUGAAUAAUAAUCUUUUAACUGCGAUAAAAAUAAGUAGUCUUUCUGAGAAUCUUCACAGCUCUCUUCUGUCAGAUGGUCCAAGCAGCUGUACUCAUGACCAACUUGGUGUCAUUCAGUCAGCUAGAUCUCUGGAACCGCCAAUGAACCUUCCCUUAAUUGCAACACCUAGUGCAAAAGAGCAGGACAGUCCUCCUGAAGUACUAAAUUCUUGUAAAAGUCCCACUGUUUUGUCAAAGGAAGUAGACUCAGCUCAGCUCGGGUCUGCGCCAUCAUUGCAAUCUGAUAAAAACAACCCAAAGUCAGAUGAAAUAGACCAGGCGGAAGCAGCUGUUGACACAAAUGCAUUUUUAAAAGAAGAUCAGUUAGGUACAGAGCUGAAUUACAACAAUGACUUCCUGACUCGCACCAAAAAUACACAAUAUCUGAGACAGACUGAGGAGCUACCAAAACAAUGUACUGAUAGUUCAUUGCCAUUCUGUGAAAAUGUGACUGAAAGAAAGAAGCAUGAAGUACAUUAUAGGUCAAAAACUCAACAUAAUGUAAAGAAUUUUGAUAAAAUAUGCAGUUCCAAUCCACUUCACUGUGGUGUUAGUGGCAGCAACACCAGUGAUGUGAACUUGCAGGCAAGACCCAGUGACUUGUCUCACAGUAUUCCUUCACCUCUUCCACUUGGCAUUGACUGUAACACUGAUUUUAAGAUUACUGCAGACAAGAUCAAGCCUGAAGAAACUGUUUAUGAUGCUGAUAUGGAGUUGACUGCCAGUGAUGUAGGUGAGCUACUUUCAGUUACAUCAAAAGAUAAAUUGCACCAAAAUAAAAACAGUAGUGCCAAUUCUGAUAAGGUAUCAGCAAAUUUCAGAAGAGUAAAAUAUCCUAAAGAGAAAACUAAAAGCAAGCCUAAAACAAGUUCAAAUUCAUAUGCAGAAGGAAGACACCCUAAGACUGAGAGUAGUACAGCUUCAAAAACUAAUCUCUCAGGAAUUCAAAUAUCCAAAAAUCAGAGAGAAUCAGAACAGCUACCCACAGGGCGUUCCUUAGUGCAACAGAAUUUUAAGAAUACCAGCAAAUGCUAUCGAGUGCAGGACUGCACAAAUAAAGCUAAGGAUACUAGGAGGGAAUGUUUGGUUAACCUCAUGAGUCCAAGGAAACAAAAGCAGGAAAUAAAGGGAGAAAUCUGCCCAGGAUGGUUUGAAGAUACGGAAAACAAAAUAGAAAAAGCAAACUGUAACACAUCUGUUAAUAAAUUAUCACCUGAAGUUUAUUGUGCUGAAAGUUGUCCAUUGCAGGAUAACAUUUCUAAUACAUUGUCUUUGCAACAGGAGUCUCUGCAUACAAAUGAGAAACGUAUCAGCGCAGAAAUAAAUAGGAAAGCCUUUCAGAAUCCUUCUAACAGGAACUCUACACGAUACUGUAGAGAGGAAAAUAGGCAGUAUAGAGAAUAUGGUUCAGAAAGGUCUCCAACAAAAAUAUGCCAACAUGACAGCGCAAAAGAAGAGCAGAAGAACAUUGUAAAGAAUGAAUGCAACCAAAAAGUUAGUUACAGACCAAGUGGAGAAACUCAAAGUGGUAGCAUUCAUGAAGUUAUUCAGAAAAUGGACCAAAGGAAUAACGUUUCGCCAGGCAGAUUAAAACGUACAUUAGCAAAAGCUAGGUGGAAAGUAUGUAUGGUACCAACAGAAAACCUUAAGCAAUUCACGUUUUGUAGAUCUGAAGGGUUAAAAAAUAAAAACUCACUGCAUACAGAUGUUGCCCAUGGAAAUAAAACAGCUAAAACAAAGCUACUACGAGGAGCUUUAGGUUCUCAGGCUGGUGUAGCUAUGACUGCACUGCAAGAUAUUUCCUCCACAAAACAAGUGGCUGAUCAGGGAACUGACAUUUUAAAGAAAGAGGUAGAUUCCUCAUCAAUGGCACACAGGAAAUCUUACUUUAUUAAUUCUACUGAUGAUCAAAAAAAGAAUAAACAGAGCUUUAUUUCUAAUUUUACUGAGAUCAGACCAGAAGAAAGGGAUAUUAGGAAUGUUGACCAAGGUGAGGAGAAAAUUUUGGACAAGAAAGUCCUGCCUGAGGUAAGUCCCUUUAUGAGUAAGUUAAAGCCUACAGUACAAAAAUCAGAGUUUUUAAGUCUUAGAUGGAGAAAGGGUUUGCAAGAUCUGACAAAUGCUGGUGUACGUUAUCGUACAUCCUUGUCUAAAUCCUCCCAAACUUUAGAAGAAAGUUCAGUAGUACGAGCAAGACGAGAAAGAGCCCCACUCUGCUACAAAGAACCAAAAAUAAACAGCAAAUUAAGGCGUGGAGAUCAGUUUACAGAUACAGAAUUUCUGGAUUCUCCAGCCUAUAAAGUAAAGAAUAAAAGAAGUUUUAAAAGUAAAUCAAAAUUUAUUUGA